AUGUAUCGGCCCUGUCUGUUAACUUGGUACAUUGGCCUGCUCGCUGGAGCAGCAAUAGGCAACUUUUCAGCUGCAGUCCUCACUCGCUCUGCCAACACUAAUCCCCAUUAUGACAUCAUGGAUACAGAAACCGCUUUCCUUCAAGCUGUUUCAACGGACAUACAGACCGAGGACGCAACUACAGUUUGUUUGCCCACCAUGAAUAUACUGAGGGUGCUUAACCUUCGUGACCAGGCGUUGGAGGCCCUCGAACCGGAGACAGGAGGAGCAAGUGUAGGAGAAGAAGAAGAAGAUCGAGAAGAGCUUCCAAAGUCAAGAACAGCAGCUGACAUCGCAAAAGAACUAGCAGGUACCAAAGCGGAGACCUGUGAAUCGGGAGCUACGGCGAACGCAAACAAGCAUAUUGGGCUUGUGAUUCCUUUCGAAUACUCCACAACCUUUGACUGUGGAUCCCUGAUCCAGGACCAUUUUGCCGCAGGACUGAGCCAUAUGCAAGAAUCAAACUUCGAUCCGGCUACAGGCGCGUAUGACACUGGGAAAGCCCCAUUUGAUAACUUAUCGGCCAGCAAUGUUGCCAACAUCAUGUGGAGCAAAAGCACGAAGGCAUCUUGUGCCGUUACGAAAAACUGCCAGGCCGGUCACAACGUUCUGUAUUGCCGUCUCGUAGAGCCUAUUACAAAUGCAGACAAGCCGUUCACGACUGAACUGUAUGAGGCUCUCUUGCAGCGGCAGGCGGGUUCAUCGUCUAUUGCACUUACCAGCAUUGCCACGACAUUUUUCUGCGCCGCCUUGCUCUUGUUAAGUUAA